AGAGAGCAGGCAAGCGAGAAAAGAGAAAGCUUGCCGAGAUGGGGAGAGCCUUCGUCUACGUGAUACUAGGUGGAGGAGUCGCUGCUGGCUAUGCUGCGCUCGAGUUUGUCCGACGUGGAAUCUCCAAUGGCAAGCUCUGCAUUAUCUCUGAGGAAUCUGUUGCACCUUAUGAACGACCUGCACUGAGCAAAGGAUUUUUACUUCCAGAAGAUCCUGCACGCCUUCCAUCAUUUCAUACUUGUGUAGGUGUCAAUGAGGAGAGGUUGACACCAGAAUGGUAUAGGGAGCAUGGCAUUGAACUUGUUCUUGGAACUAAGGUAAAAUCUGCUGACGUGAGACGGAAGACAUUGCUUACAGCAACUGGAGAGACUAUCAGUUACAAGAUUCUCAUCAUUGCAACAGGUGCUCGGCCUUUAAAGCUCGAAGAAUUUGGAGUGAUGGGAUCUGAUGCUGAAAAUAUCUGUUAUUUACGCAAUUUGGCUGAUGCAAGUAGGCUGGUGGAUGUAAUGCGCUCUUGUACUGAGGGAAAUGCUGUUGUCGUUGGUGGUGGCUACAUUGGCAUGGAAUGCACGGCAGCAUUGGUAAAAAAUCGAAUAAAAGUAACCUGGGUCUUCCCUGGGAAACAUUGCAUGGAACGUGUAUUUACACCGAAGAUCGCUGCGUUCUAUGAAGAAUAUUACAAGAAAAUGGGAGUUCAUUUCAUAAAAGGAACAGUGGUGACAUCAUUUGAAAAUGACUCAGGGGGGAAGGUGACAGCAGUGAUUCUUAAAGAUGGCAGACGUCUUCCUGCUGACAUGGCUGUGGUCGGCAUCGGUAUCCGUGCAAACAGCAGUCUGUUUGAAGGUCAACUGAAAAUGGAGAAAGGUGGGAUUAAGGUGAACGGACGAAUGCAAACCAGCAACAGCUCUGUGUUUGCCGUUGGUGAUGUUGCCGCAUUCCCCAUCAAACUCUUUGGCAACGAUGUCCGUCGACUCGAGCAUGUUGACUCUGCGCGAAAGACUGCGAGGCAUGCAGUGGCUGCAAUCAUGGCGCCUUGCAAAACUGGUGACCUUGACUAUCUCCCAUUCUUCUACUCCAGAGUCUUCACACUCUCUUGGCAGUUCUAUGGAGAUAACGUCGGCGAAGUCGUCCACUUUGGUGAUUUUUCUACCGGGGGCUUUGGUGCAUAUUGGAUCGACAAAGGCCGGAUGAUGGGAGCUUUCCUUGAGAGUGGAAGCAAAGAAGAGUAUGAGGCAAUAGCAAAGGCUGUUAAGCUCAAGGCGACAGUCAAAGACAUGGCCAAGCUUGAAGGAGAAGGCCUUGAAUUUGCUUUCAAGGUAAGCGAGCAGACAAUGCCGGAGAGUCUAGAAUGGCUGACAACGUAUGGAUGGCAUGCCUCGGCUGGUGUUGCUGUAGCUCUGUCAAUUGCUGCGUUUGCUUACUGGUGCGAGAGGUGGCGCGAGGUAUGAUGACAAUGAGAAAAAGGAAUUAUGGAAAGAGUGGGUGCAGCAUCCAUGGUAAUGUAUUAGGUCCAACACCAGUAGUUUGAAGGUGGAAAGAAGCUUUGUUGCAGCGUGGUGAAAGCUUCUCAUUUCUCAAAAGAGCAGGCAUGAGUUGAGACCCUUGUAGUCACGAUGCAUCUUACAAUGAACAUCUUGUGUACCACACUCUGUAUGUGUGUGUGAUCAAAUGGGCUGGACCUGGGCUCAGUUAGCAACAAAUUUCCAUAGGGCCGGCCCAUAUAAUGUGGAGGUUUGCUCAUGGUCUAGCCCAUUUGCAUCCCGGAAGGUGGUAGAGCGUGUGGUUUUCCUUUUGGAUUUUGCUUUUUUUUCUUUUCUUUUUCAAAAAAAAAAAAAAAACU